AUGCUGUCUCACGUUCCACCAGACCUGGCGUGGGACACGAAACGAGUUGGCAUUUUGAAGAUGACAUUCGUUCCCCGUCCCCCGGGAGACCAUUCGGAUCGACCGGACGGUUUCUGCCUCACGCUUCGUAUAUGCGUGAGUCCGCUUAUUCUGGUUCCGCCCGAGACAAAUGAGAAGUUUGAAUGGGUCGAUAUCGCACGCUUGAAGGGUGACGUAGCCAACACGUCGCGGAAUGAUGAUAGUGAUGGUAUUCCGAUCUCUCUGCUCCAACUUCCUUUCAAUACGGAUCUGUUACCGAUUUAUCGACUCUAG